AUGGCGACAGAACAACAUGAAGCCCACCACCCCCUUACCAGAUGGUACAUCGACACUCGGCCACUUACAUCCACCAUCUCGAUCCUCCCCCUCCUCGAGACCCUACAACCCGACGACCAGGAAACCGUCAAACGCUUCUACCACCUGCGCGACAGACACAUGUCCCUAGCCUCCUACCUACUCAAGUACCUCUUCAUCCACCGCGCAUGCCGCAUCCCCUGGUCAAAAGUGAAGAUCAGCCGUACCCCGGCACCGCACAAACGACCCUGCUUCAUCCCGGACGCCGACACCACCGCAAACACCGGUAAACCCAUCCCCGCCAUCGAAUUUAACGUCAGCCAUCAAGCCUCCCUCGUCGCGCUCGCAGGGACAACCAUCCCCACCCUCGCCCCAGCCCUAGAGGCCACCAUCACCCCCUCCCCCUCCACGCAGUCCCACCCCGGAGGAAACACCCCCGAAGUAGGCAUCGACAUCACCUGCGUCAACGAACGACGGAACACGCGCUCUCAGCCCCCACCAACUAGCAUCUCCGAAUUCACCUCCUUCGUGGACAUCUUCAGCGAAGUGUUCUCCGCGCGCGAACUCUUCACCAUCAAAUCCCUGCAUGGCAUCCCGGCGCACCAGAACACCACGGACGCACAGCGCGUCGCCUACGGCUACCGUCUGUUCUACACGUACUGGGCUCUUAAGGAGGCGUAUAUCAAAAUGACAGGGGAAGCGCUGCUGGCGCCGUGGUUGAGGUCGUUGGAGUUUACUGAUGUUAAGGUUUUGGAUCCCGCGGCGGCCACGCGUGGAGAGGGGGGGUGUUGGAAUGGUCCGUAUACAGGUGUGCAGACGUGGUUGGAUGGGAAGAAGGUGGAGGGUGUCAGGAUAGAGGUGCUUGCUUUUCAGGAGGAUUAUCUAAUUGCCACCGCGACGAGGGGAGCGGGUGUUGGUGCUGCUGGUGCUAAUGGUGGGGAUGGUGGGGAUGAGGAGGGGAGGUGGUUGGCGAUGCAGGAGAUUGAAGUUGAGCGGGAUGUGAGGGAUUGUGCGUUAGGGAGGUGUAGCUGUUUGGCGUGA